GUGGCUGCUGGCUGUUGGCGGCACUCGUCGCUAUCUUCAUCUUUCUGCCUGUCAGGUGCACUCCCAGGCUCCGGAGCUUCCCGUGUGCUGCUACCGGAGCUACACGGCGCCCAAGCCACAAGACCCGAAAAGGAGCAGGAUCUUUCGAUGGCAAGUGCUCCUGGUCCAGAAUCCCAAAGAAUGGACAGAGGACCCCUUAGCCACGGAGCAGCGCUCGCGGAAGGCCAAGCUCACGGAUGCCAAGGUGACUUCCCCAAAAGCCUCAGGCUCAGGCCCAACGGAGGCCUUCGAGCUCUUUGGAGACUUCGACAUCGAGGCGCUGUUCGAUGAUUUGGAUCAAGAGGGCCGUCCCAGCGGCUUGCCCUCCUCUGGAGGUGCGCUCGAGACCUCGACGCCGGACGACAUCGACGACUUCUUCGACUCUUUGCUGGCGGAUCCGGUCUUCCAACCGAAGACCACGGCCAUGCCUUCUUCGGCGCCAGCGCGUUCAGAAGGUGUGUCGCCGCCCGUGGCCACAGCGAGACCAGUGGAGGCAGAAGGGCCGAAGGUGACGUGUGCCAUGCCCAAUGGUGACCAGUUCAGUGAUGCAUCCUUGCGCUCCAAGGCGCGACUUCGAUUAGCCCUCACCAAGUUCUAUGCCAACCGAAAGAGCGACAAGCUGGGCAACCUGGACCGCAUCGUGGAUCGCUACGAGGGACGGGUGGUAGAGCUUUGGGCAUCCUUGGGCUUGAAGUACUCAUUGCCUCCCAAUGUGGCAGUACAGUGGCUGGCAAACACCUUGGACCCGCACGCGGCGGUGCAGUUCGCCAGCGGCGUAGCAGUGCCAGCGAGUGUGCAGGAAGUGCUCAUGCACUUGGGUGAGGAGCCGGAGGAGGCGAGUGUAGAAUCUGCGCUGAGAUCAGCAAUGCAAGCCAAAGACACGGACAUCCUCGCAGCCGUGAGCUUCCGACAUGGCUGUCCUGCCGAGCAGCGACCGGGUGUUUGGCGCGCCAUGCUCGGACCGACCAGGACGGUGGAAGACGAGCAAACUCUCAGAGAGAGGCGCUGGGCCUACGAGGAGCUGAGAUCGAAGAUGUUGGAAGAGCUCCUUUUGGAGGACUCCACCCCCUCGUCACCCUCCAAGCUCAAAGUGAUGCGUGAGGAGGUGGCUGCGAGGACAUGGCCGAAUGAGGCCUUUUUCACCAGUGCGGCCACAGAAGCCGUCACGAACGUGGUGAUGACUCAUGCAUGGCGCGGGUGCAGGUCCGUGAGCGGCUUGGCGGACUUGGCGGCCGUGUUGCUUUAUGGCCUUUCAAGCACCGGGCUCAUGAAGGAUGCUGAGGCCGAUACCUUCUGGUCCUUGUCCGAGCUCUUGGCUGAGGAGUCGAUCCUGGGAGAUGAAGCCUUGGCCUGGCAGGCCAAGCGCCUGCACCGGCUGCAUCUCAGUUUCGACCCUCCGGUCGCCGAGCUCUUGCAGGAACAUGGGCUAGAGGCAAUGCCCGCCUUAAGGCUGGGAGCGUUGCUGCUUAGCCGCGCGGGCUUUCCUUUGGUUCAGCUGGCUCGGCUCUGGGAUGCGCUCUUGGCCGAUCCCCGCCGCUUCGAGUUUGCGGAUGACCUCGUUCUCGCCUUGCUCUUGCUGACGCGAGGGGAUUUGCUGCAGCGCGACGACGUGGGCGGCCUGGCCGAGUCCUUGCUGGCGGCGCCACUGGUCGUGGAUCUGGAGCUGUUGCUGCGGAGGGCGUAUGCCAUUUGCGCUCUCCGGCGGCAGCACGGCCCCAAUGAUCAAAUGCCCUUCCCCAAGCUGCCUGAAGGCAUUGACCUCGACAGCGCAGUGGCCGCCGCCCAGGAAGGCCUCUCCUCACUCUGGGGCAAGGUGCGUGCGGCCGGCGCCGGGUACUGGGAAGCAGCGUCCGAAGUGGACUGGGGCGCUCAGGUGGUGCGAGCACGACAGGUGGUGGCCGAACGAGCACCACUCAUUCAACAGCAGCUGUCUCAGGCCACGAGUGCCAUGGCCGAGGCAAGCAAGGCAAGACCCAUCCUCUUUGAGAUCUCCCAAGAGGAGCAGAUUGACUUUGAUGAUUCGCAGCUGAAGUCUUACAAGUCGUUUGAGUGGCCAGAUGAGGACAAGACUCCUCUCCAAGCCUUGCCACCUGGGCGGGAAGAGCACGAGCGGAACCUGCGCCGGGUGAAGAGAUUAUCACGAUCGGCCAGGAGAUAUCCCCGAGCCUUCCGCGUCAUUGUGGGACGAGACUCGUCGUCCGAGUCGGAGGGUGAAGCGCCCUGA